AGAUACGUUAUUGUAUUUCAGACAAGCGGUGAGGUUUGCAAAAGUAGCUUCAAAAUCAACCUGAGUGACAAUGAUUUAUCCUUUCAGUCGAUUUAGAUGUUUUGAGGUUCUGCCUCGAAUGAAAAAAAAACAGAAGAUUUUUGUUGAUGUGAUUUCAACAUCUGACCAUCAGGGGGCGCAGUUUUCCACGCGGCCGCAGACCCCACCGGUUUGGCUGAAUCAUUUCAUCCAUCAUACCCAGAAUGCAAAGUGAGACACCGAAACCUCAGCUGCAGCCUGGAGCUUGUUUUCACUUUAUCAUGGCGUUAAGAAGAAGCACCUCUUCCCCGUGAGCUGCUGCAGCGACAAACACUGUCCUCCUCCUCCGCUGCAUGAAAACACUCACCGAGUCCAUGCAGCGCGCAGACCCGCCGGAGCUUGAGCCCAGAUUGUAGUAAGGACACAGAGACUGAGCGCCAUGGCAGCGUCGGAGCUGUACACAAAGCGUGCUCGGGUGUGGAUCCCAGACACAGAGGAGGUGUGGAAGUCCGCUGAGCUGAGCAAGGACUACAAAAAUGGCGACGCCUCCCUGCAGCUCAUACUGGAAGAUGGAACGGGCCUUGAGCACAAAUUGGACCCCAAGACGAAGAACCUGCCUUACCUACGAAACCCCGACAUCCUGGUGGGUGAGAAUGACCUCACAGCGCUCAGCUACCUCCACGAGCCGGCCGUGCUGCACAACCUCAAAGUCCGCUUCUCGGACUCCAAGCUCAUCUACACUUACUGCGGAAUCGUCCUGGUGGCGAUCAACCCAUAUGAGACGCUGCCGAUAUAUGGCACCGACAUCAUCAAUGCCUACAGCGGUCAGAACAUGGGAGACAUGGACCCACAUAUCUUUGCUGUGGCAGAGGAGGCGUACAAACAGAUGGCCAGGGAUGAGAGGAACCAGUCGAUCAUUGUGAGCGGGGAGUCUGGAGCAGGGAAAACUGUUUCGGCCAAAUAUGCCAUGAGAUACUUUGCUACAGUCAGCGGCUCUGCCAGUGAGGCCAACGUGGAGCAUAAAGUGCUGGCUUCCAACCCCAUCAUGGAGGCCAUAGGAAAUGCAAAGACCACCCGAAAUGACAACAGCAGUCGCUUUGGGAAGUACAUCGAGAUCGGCUUCGACACCCGCUACCGUAUCAUCGGUGCCAACAUGAGGACAUAUCUGCUGGAGAAAUCUCGAGUGGUGUUUCAGGCGGAUGAGGAAAGGAAUUAUCAUGUCUUCUAUCAGCUCUGUGCUUCAUCUCAUCUGCCUGAGUUCAAGACUCUGAGGCUGAGCAGUGCAAACGAUUUCGUGUACACCAGGCAGGGCCGCAGCCCCGUUAUCGAGGGUGUGGACGACACCAAGGAGCUCAGCAACACUCGCCAUGCUUUCACAAUGCUCGGUAUUAAUGAGACCUAUCAGAUGGGGUUGUUUCAGGUUUUGGCUGCUAUUCUUCAUCUGGGAAACGUGGAAAUAAAAGACAGAGACUCGGACAGCAGCAUCAUUCCUCCCAAUAAUCGCCACCUGACAGCGUUCUGCGAGUUGGUUGGCGUGUCCUACCAGGACAUGACUCAGUGGCUGUGUCACAGGAAGCUGAAGACGGCCACAGAGACGUACAUCAAGACCCUCCCUCGCCUUCAGGCCACCAAUGCUCGCGACGCGCUGUCCAAACACAUCUACGCCAAACUCUUCAACUGGAUUGUGGAGCACGUUAACAAAGCCCUGAUCACCAACAUUAAGCAGCACUCCUUCAUCGGGGUCCUCGACAUCUACGGGUUUGAGACAUUUGAGAUCAACAGCUUUGAGCAGUUCUGCAUCAACUACGCUAAUGAGAAACUCCAGCAGCAGUUCAACAUGCAUGUGUUCAAGCUGGAGCAGGAGGAGUACAUGAAGGAGCAGAUCCCCUGGACUCUAAUCGACUUCUACGAUAAUCAGCCCUGCAUCAACCUCAUAGAAGCCAAGAUGGGCAUCCUGGACCUGCUGGAUGAGGAGUGCAAGAUGCCCAAAGGUUCAGAUGACUCAUGGGCUCAGAAACUCUACAACACCCACCUGAAGACCUGCUCCCUCUUCGAGAAGCCACGCAUGUCCAACCGCGCCUUCAUCAUCCAACACUUUGCUGAUAAGGUGGAGUACCAGUGUGAUGGUUUUCUGGAGAAGAACAAGGACACAGUGAAUGAAGAACAGAUCAAUGUGCUGAAGGCCAGCAAGUUCCCCUUGCUGGUGGAGCUGUUCCAGGAUGGAGAGAAAGCCACCAGUCCCACCGGUCAGGCUCCCGGUACUGGAGGCCGGACCCGCCUCAGCGUCAAACCUGAGAAGGGCCGUGACAAGAGCAGCAAGGAGCACAAGAAGACCGUCGGCUGCCAGUUCCGUAACUCUCUGCAAAUGCUGAUGGAGACCUUGAACGCAACCACUCCCCACUAUGUCCGCUGCAUCAAACCAAACGACUUCAAGCUGGCCUUCACGUUUGAUCCCAAACGUGCAGUGCAGCAGCUCAGAGCUUGCGGUGUUCUGGAAACAAUCCGCAUCUCUGCUGCAGGUUUCCCAUCCAGAUGGACGUACCAGGAGUUCUUCAGCCGGUACAGAGUGCUGAUGGUACAAAAGGACGUGUUACCUGACAAGAAGUUGACCUGCAGGAACGUUCUGGAGAAACUGGUGCAGGAUCAGGAUAAGUACCAGUUUGGUAAGACCAAGAUCUUCUUCAGAGCCGGCCAGGUCGCCUACUUGGAGAAGUUGAGGGCGGACAAACUGCGCGUUGCCUGCAUCCGCAUCCAAAAAACCAUCCGCUGCUGGCUGGCCCGCAAGAAGUAUCUCCGCAAGCGCAGUGCUGCCAUCACCAUCCAGAGGUUCACCAGAGGAUACCAGGCCCGCUGCCUGGUCAAGUUCAUGCGUCGCACUCAGGCAGCCACCAUCAUCCAGAAGUACAGGAGGAUGUACGUGGAGAAGAAACGCUACAGGCAGAAGCAGGCAGCAGCUCUGGUCAUGCAGACGAUCCUCAGAGCCUACAUGGCCCGGCAAAAGUACCAGGCGCUGGUGCGUGAGCACAAGGCAGUCAUCAUUCAGACACGCGUUCGCGGCUGGUUGGCUCGCUGCUGGUACAAGCGCUGCCUCGUCUCCAUCGUCUACCUGCAGUGCUGCAUCCGCAGGAUGAGGGCCAGGCAUGAGCUGAAGAAGCUGAAGGUCGAGGCUCGCUCAGUGGAGCACUUCAAGAAGCUCAACAAAGGCAUGGAGAACAAGAUCAUGCAGCUGCAGAGAAGAAUCGACGAGCAGACUAAGGAUAACCGGUCGAUCAACGAGAAGCUGGUUGGUAUGGAGACUUCCUUCACAGCAGAGUGCGAAGGUCUGCGUACGGAGCUGAAUCGUUUGAAAGGAGCGGAGGAAGAGGCCAAGAACAAAACCAACCAGGUCAACUCGCUGCUGGAGGAGCUGGAGAGGCUGAAGAAGGAGCUGAGCACCACGCAGCAGGAGAAGAAGACCAUCGAGGACUGGGCAACGACCUACAGGAGCGAGAUGGAGAAAAUGGUCUCAGAGCUGAAGGAUCAGAAUGGCUCCCUGAAGAAAGAGAAGGACGACUUGAACAGGUCGAUUCAGGAACAGAGUCAGCAGAUGACAGAGAAAAUGACCCGUGCAAUAGCACAGGAGACUCAACAGCUGGAGACCGAUCUGAACGAGGAGCGCUCUCGAUAUCAGAAUCUCCUGACCGAACACCUUCGCCUCGAGGAGAAAUACGACGACCUGAAGGAGGUGAUGGCAUCCUCGAACAUCUCAAAGCCUGGACACAGGAGAACAGACUCCACCCACAGCAGCAACGAAUCAGAGUACACCUACAACUCCGAGUACGCCGAAUUGGAAGAAGGUUCCCGUGCCGCAGAAGAUGUAACUCGAGGUAUCGACACUUCGCUGACACUCAAGCUGCAAAAACGUCUCACAGAACUGGAGCAAGAAAAGCAAUCACUGCGCAACGAACUGGAAAACAAAGAGGACCAGUUCCAGCGGGCUAGAGCCAGGGAUGAUGCAGAGUUUAAGAAGGCUCGUGGUGCAGAGCUGGAGUACGAGUCCCUGAAGCGUCAGGAGCUGGAGUCCGAGAACAAGAAGCUGAAACACGACCUGGCAGAGAUGAGACAAAGCCUGCUGGGGGACAAAGCGACUGGUGCUGGGGCCCCAGGCUCACCUGCUUACAAGGUGCUCUUGGAGCAGCUCAAUGCCUCCUGUGAGGAGCUGGACGUCCGCAAGGAGGAAGUGCUGAUCCUGCGCUCUCAGCUGGUCAGCCAAAAAGAAGCCAUGCACCACAAGGAGACCAUGACCGAGCCAUCCAUCUAUGCCGAGGAUGUGUCCAAACUGAAGGACGCUGACGAGCUCAAGCAGGCUUGCAUUGGCCUCAAAGACACCAACAGAUCUGCUGCUCCAGACUUCCAUAAGCUGAAUGAGGACGGAGAGCUGUGGCUGGUUAAUCAGGGCUUAAAGGAAACCAUCAGGUUGCUGGAGCACCAACUGCAGACUCAGCGGAGAGGUUACGAUAGUGAGGUGGAGUCUCUGCGAGGCGAGCUGCAGAACGUCAAAGAGGAGAACAACCGUCAGCAGCAACUCUUGGCUCAAAACCUGCAGCUUCCUCCAGAGGCUCGAAUCGAAGCCAGUCUGCAACACGAGAUCACCCGUCUGACCAACGAGAACCUGGAUCUGAUGGAGCAGCUGGAGAAGCAGGACCGAACUAUCCGCAAGCUCAAGAAGCAGCUGAAGGUUUACUCCAAGAGGAUUGGAGAGAUGGGAGCGGGUCAGGCGGAGGGGCAGACGUCUCCAGGGCAGAUGGUAGAUGAGCCAAUUCAUCCAGUCAACAUCCCUCGCAGAGAGAAAGACUUCCAGGGGAUGCUGGAGUACAAGAAGGAGGAUGAGCUCAAACUAGUCAAGAACCUCAUCCUUGAGUUGAAGCCUCGCGGUGUGGCCGUGAAUCUGAUCCCAGGUCUGCCAGCCUACAUCCUCUUCAUGUGUCUGAGACAUGCAGAUUAUGUCAAUGAUGACCAGAAGGUCCGCACUCUGCUCACCUCCACUAUCAACAGUAUCAAGAAGAUCCUAAAGAAACGAGGAGAUGACUUUGAGACGGUCUCCUUCUGGCUGGCUAACACCUGUCGCUUCUUACACUGUCUGAAACAAUACAGCGGAGACGAGGCCUUCAUGAAACACAACACAUCGCGGCAGAAUGAGCACUGUCUGUCGAACUUUGACCUGGCUGAGUACAGACAGGUGAUUAGUGACCUGGCCAUCCAGAUCUACCAGCAGCUGAUCAAAUGCAUGGAGAAUAUCCUGCAGCCCAUGAUAGUCUCUGGCAUGCUGGAACACGAGACCAUUCAGGGCGUGUCGGGGGUGAAGCCCACAGGUCUCCGUAAGAGGACGUCUAGCAUCGCCGAUGAGGGCACCUACACCCUGGACUCCAUCCUGCGACAGCUCAGCGCCUUCCACUCCACCAUGUGUCAACAUGGCACCGACCCCGAGCUCAUUAAGCAGGUGGUGAAGCAGCAGUUCUACAUCAUCGGUGCUGUCACCCUCAACAACCUGCUGCUGCGCAAAGACAUGUGCUCCUGGAGCAAAGGCAUGCAGAUCAGAUACAAUGUGAGCCAGCUUGAGGAGUGGCUCAGAGACAAAGGUCUGAUGGUAUGCGGAGCCAAGGAGACCCUGGAGCCCCUGAUCCAGGCCGCUCAGCUGCUGCAGGUGAAGAAAAAGACUGAUGAGGAUGCUGAGGCCAUCUGCUCCAUGUGUUUGGCACUUACUACUGCUCAGAUUGUUAAAGUCCUGAACCUCUACACUCCAGUCAAUGAGUUUGAGGAGAGGGUGUCAGUUGCAUUCAUACGAACCAUACAGACCCGCUUGCGAGAUCGUUGUGAGAGUCCUCAGUUGUUGAUGGACACAAAGAUGAUUUACCCCGUCACCUUCCCGUUCAGCCCUUCCUCCCUCGCCCUGGAAACCAUCCAAAUACCAGGCUCGCUCAACCUGGCGUUCCUCACCCGUGUGUAAACAAAGGCCCCACAGGACUGCACAGAGUCCUGCAGCGACCGCGACAUGUUGGCCGCAGUUAGAAUUAAAAGUCACCUGACAAAAAAAAGAGAAAAAAACUUUUUUCCCUCAAAUAUCACAAGAUUUAAAAAAAGUUCUGAGCAUCACAAACCAAACAUAACUAGGAUUGUACCAACACAGUGGCGCACAUAUGUCUGAAAAAUAAUGAGCUCAUAAUUUGAAACACCCUGUCCUGUUCUUUGAAUAUAUCCCUGGUCUGAACCUUCACAUUCACAAAUACAACAUGCAAAAUAAUACACACAAACCCCAACACAAGCUGAACUGUCAACAUACAUCUGUAAAAUACAUCAACUGAACAUUGAAGUACACGCUACAGCCAUGUGCACCUGCACUAUUUCACACUUACAGUAACACACACACACACACACAUAAUCUCUGAUGUGAAUAAAAUCUGGAAAAAAAACACCAUCCAUCCACUGCUUGUAUAAACGCCUGAGAGGCCACUGGCCCAGAUCAAAGCCUCCAGUUCUUGCUCUGCACCGAAACCUGGGAUUGUCUCCGUGGUCUUGACCCCCCAGCUCCCUCCUCUAUGUUUCAACUAGUCGUUCAGAUAGUUUCUUCUCGUCAUUGUCUCGUUCUCCAGUGAGAAUGUACGCACACGACACACACAGGAGCUCUGAAAGGCGACGCUGAGACCUCACAGGAAGAAAAUACUUAAGAAAUAGCUUGACGUGUGAGUCCCAGUACAAAACCAGCAGAGGGAUAUGUGCUAAAGUAAGCUCUCUCCACUACAUGAUGAGGUAACCUGGACCAGGCUUUGUUCUGUCGUUUGUCAUUUUACUCUCUGAUCACAGUCGAGCCAAGACAGAACUCAUCGUCUGUACUAUAUUAUUUAUACAUAUAUAAAUAUAUAUAAAUAUUAAUAAUAUAUAUCAUGUAUUUUAUUUAUUGCAUCAACUUCUGACCCCCGCUUUCCUUUUUAGAGGAUUCUCUUUCUCAACAUGAAGGACGGGACCAUCAUUUCCCAGGAUGAGCAGCUGCAUUAGAACAGUUUUAGUCCAUUUUAAUCAAUUGUAGGCGAUUUAUGUCAAUAUCAGGUAAAAAUUAGAAGUAGUUCUAUAGUUUAAGGAUUGCCAGCACAGAUUAUGAGUAUUAGUUAGGUUUUGUCUUAACUUGGAGAUGUUGCUUUAUCAUGUUUAUCCUGCAUUUCUGGCAGAUGAAGGUGACAUUUAGAAAGUACGAGGUUGAAACUUGAUCAAGGGUUGAACCUGCUUCACUCUGAACUGUUACAGCUGUGAGCUGAGCGUCACAGGAAACACCGGCACAAAGAUAUUACUCACGCACACAACAUUACACUCUGCUCUACUGGUGUUUUUGCACUCCCCGCAUUUUGUUUUCUCUACUCGUCUUCUCUGGUCGCAGCUCGAGUCUGAGCAUUGAAUGUUUUACUCUUAUCAUUGUGGAAUUAUUUAUUUCAGUAUUGUCAUUUUCUUGGAUUACAAAGUUUUGUAUAAUGUUAAAGCCAUGUAUCACUGAGCAGAUAGCAUUCUCUGAAGUGAGUUUGAGAGAGAGCCUCAAUUCUGUCCAGCUUUACCACCGUGUUUAAGCUUUUAUUUGCCACACACACGCACACACACACACACACACACACACACACACACACACACACACACACACACACACACACACACCGACAAAGUGCAGCUCUGUGGACUGAAUCCUCUCUUCUCCUCUCCUCUACUUUCUUUUUGUUUGCCAAGAAGCACGACAUGGGCUAUUAUAACCAAAAAACAACCGAACAUUGACGCUUUCCCCACAUCUCAACUACACCUCGCGCAUAAAGUUUACAGUUUCAACGUAGCUGGACAUAUUUGUCUUUUCUGAUUGAUGGCAGAUUCUUUCGGAUUAGAUAUCCACAUGAAUUUGGCUCCUGCUCCCAGAUGCCGAGGGUGAUAUUGCAGUACACCCAUUACUAAACCAUUCAGGUAAACUGCGAUAGAAAAGCUGAACAGCAUGAACUGCUGCUACCGCUCUCAUCUAACCUGUCUGAGCUGGGGCUUACUCAUCAUUAGCAGUAACUAGACAUUUCCUUGCAUGCUCUAACUUUGUUUAAGCUCCGUACAAAGAGACCUGGGUGUAGCUGAGUGUUGAUGGACGGGUGUCAGGGAAUCAGCCCAUGUUGUACGAUAAAAGUCCUUUGUGUUAACUCUGUCCUCGCUGCCUCCUGUUCAGCACUUUUGCUUCCUGUUGUGCCAUUAGUAUUAACCGCCAACCAAAUUUGCCUCUCGCCCUCAUGUGAACCUUAUUUUAGUUUCGAAACCUCAUCCUUUCAGAAAGAUGUUGUUGUUUUGUUGAGGUGCUAACACACAAAGGAGAUUAGGAACGGUCCCUGAUGUAUCUUGUUAUUUUUAGAAAUGAUUAACAGAGUAAGCAAAAUAUUUCUGAGUAAUGUUUCAUUCAAUGAAGACAAGCUACAGACAAAAGUUGUACAUGGAGUGAAGAGAUUAGUAUGUGAAGGUAUUUAGUGUUGCACUUGUAUUUGAAAAUGAUCUGAUAUCCAUCCUCUCUCAUUGGGACCACGUGUUAUCAAUCUGCCUUUGUUCUAUUGUUUGGAUUAUUCGGUACUUCAAAGUAUGAUUUGUGUGAAGACAACAUAUCUGCUGGUCGUGGAGAGAAAAAGUGAAGGAAUAAAUUAAUGAAUGUGUUAAACUGUUAAUGACGUGUUUUUAGCUGCACAUUGUGGACAAAGCCUUAUCUGAAUUAUUUGCUAUCUGAAUGACAGAAUCGACCGUGUUUUGUUCUGUCAGCGUAGAGGUUUGUUUUUCAUUGUAAAAUAAAUAUGAAAUGUUAAAUGUGAUCAUUUUUGUUUUGAUAAGGUGCAUUUUGUCCUAAAGUUGGUGUCACAGAUGGGUUGCACUGUUUAGUCGUCAGUCAAACUGCACUUUUUAGACAUUGCUGAGGAAGUCAGGUGGAUGGAUAUGAAGCAUAAAAAGAAAACUUUACAUUAAAGAGUCUUUCUUCCUUAAAUUCCCACAUAUUAAUAAUCUGCGGCCUGUCAAGCUUCUUCCUAUACAUUCCCCAUCCCGUUAUAGCAGGCGCUUCAUUUUUUAGUGAUUCUUCUUCCUGUUUUGCUCAAACUUUCAAUCAACACGUGCCACAGGUUCAAAGAUGAACUCUUGUGGUUGAAGCUCCAGACUUCUCAGACUUGUGGAUUCAUGGGCUAAGAGUAUAGAUUGGGAAUAAAGGCCGGCCUUGAUAAAAAGUAGAAUAAAAAACAUUUUCAUUAAUUAGUAUGUUUGUUGAGCAGUGCUGUUGCUUCUCUUGUGCACUCAGACAGGAGAAAACUUCAUUCCUUCACUCUGCGUUUUUACAUUAAGGAGAGAUGGUUGUACGAUAUGACGUCGCCAUUAUAAAUUACCAUUGUUCUUAUCAGCACUAGCAUUGAUUGUGCCAUUUUAAGAUAAUUGUGAAAAACAACAAACACUAUAUCAUCACUCCAGCUGUUACUGUGGUUUACUGGUGUGAACAUACCGAAGCCAGAAACCAGAUGUUUCCUCUCUGACCCAUGUGUACAUUUGACAAACUGGACUGUUUGUAGUUUCUGGUAGCUGUGCUUAGUGAAUGUGUUCACCGUUAAGAAACUAAGAAACUUGGAAUAAAUUGUCAAAUCUGUAAAAGUAAAAUAAAAGAAUUCAGCACUGA